ACCACAGCGGCCAAGAUCAAAGAGAUCGAGGACGAAAUGUCCAAGACUCAAAAGAACAAGGCGACCUCCUACCACUUGGGGCAAUUGCGCGCCAAGCUGGCGAAACUGAAACGCGAGCUCAUCGCGCCGUCGAGCGGAGGAGGUGGUGGUGGUGCGGGAUUCGACGUAGCCAGGACGGGAAUUGCGACCGUUGGGUUUGUUGGGUUCCCGAGUGUUGGGAAAAGUACGCUCAUGAGCGGAAUGACUGGACAGGACUCCCUCGCUGCGGCAUACGAGUUCACGACGCUCACGACUGUGCCCGGGUCUCUCACGUAUCGCGGCGCACCGAUCCAGAUCCUCGACUUGCCCGGAAUCAUCGAAGGCGCCAAGGACGGUAAAGGUCGAGGACGCCAAGUGAUUGCCGUUGCGCGCACUUGCAACUUGAUCUUCAUUGUCCUCGACGUGUGCAAGCCGCUCAAGGACAAGGCAUUGUUGGAGCACGAGUUGGAGGGAGUGGGGAUUCGACUGAACAAGCGACCGCCGAACAUUUACAUUCAAAAGAAGGACAAGGGGGGGAUCGCCGUGACGAAUACCGUGCCCCUGACCAAAAUCGACCACGACGAGAUCCGCGCCAUCUGCAGCGAGUACCGCAUCUCCAACGCCUCCAUCGCCUUCCGCAGCGACGCCUCCUCGGAGGACUUCAUCGACGUGCUAGAGGGCAACCGAAUCUACAUCCCGGCCAUCUAUGUGCUCAACAAGAUCGACCAAAUCUCCAUCCAGGAGCUCGACCUCCUCUACAAGAUCCCGAUGAGCGUGCCCAUCAGCUCGCGCAUGUGGUUGAACGUCGACGAAUUGAUGGAGAAGAUGUGGACCGAGUUGCGCCUCGUUCGCAUCUACACCAAACCGCGCAAGCAGCAGCCCGAUUACUCACAGCCCGUCGUGCUGCGCGAGGGGAGGGCGACGGUUGCCGACUUGGCGUCUGCGAUUCAUCGCGAUUUGAAGAACAACAUCAAGGGGGCCAAAGUGUGGGGAAUGAGCGCAAAGUUCCCGGGUCAGAUCUGUAGUCCAGAGCACGUCCUCAGCGAUGAGGACGUCGUGUCGUUGAUCAAGCGUUGAGGCGGCGCGCGUGCGCACACGCACACACACGCACCCACACGCACACACACACAUGUAUACUAGCGGCGAGGAGCAGCGGCGAGGCGUAGAAUGAGAUGCGCAGAUGCGCAGAUGCGCAAAUGCGCAGUUUGAUUU